CAAUCUUUCAUUGUGUCUCAGAUUCUUCACAAUGCAUUCAGCAGACCCAUCCCCCGUCCACGACCCAGACCAAGACCAAGACCAAGACCAAGACCAAGACCAAGACCAAGACCAAGACCAAGAUCAUAGCGAUGACCAAGAUCAUAGCGAUGACCACGAAGACGACCAUGAUGACCAUGAUGACCACGACCAGAGGCAGCCAGACAUGGUCCGCUUCCGCGCCUUCUCGUCCGUCAAGCCGCUCGUGCCGCCACUCAACUUUGCGAUUGUGGCGCCUGGCGUGUAUCGGUCGGGCUACCCGGGCAAGAAGAACUUUCCGUUCCUGAACAAGCUCGGGCUCAAGUCCAUCCUGUACCUGUGCCCAGAGCCGUACGUUGGCGACAACGCCCAGUUCAUCGGCGACCAGACGCUGUCGCUGCUGCACUUUCCGAUUCAUGGAAACAAGGAGCCGUUCACGCAUAUUCCAGCUGCCACGCUGCGGGCGGCACUCGUCGCGCUGUUGGACAGCCGCAACCACCCUCUGCUCAUCCACUGCAACAAGGGCAAGCACCGCACUGGCUGUCUCGUCGGGUGCUUGCGCAAGAUUCAGAAAUGGACGGUAACGAGCAUAUUCGACGAGUAUCAGCGAUUUGCAGGGACCAAGGCGCGCAUCCUCGAUCAACAAUUCAUUGAAAUGUUUGACACACGCGAGCUGGUGUAUCUGCUCGAGCAUCGUCCGCAAUGGCUAUGAUUCAAUUCAAAUCUUUUGGGGAGCGGAAAUGGUGCAACGAGUUCCCCCACACACCUCGCAACAAUUGCUUUUGGUCGUUGCAAUGUUAAGUUAUUGUUAAUUAAAUCCCU